GGUAGGUGACGCUAGCCACCUCCCAUCUCAGCUCGGUGACAUCGGCCUCGGCCCGCAGACGAGCAGCAGUCAUGGACUUCGAGGAGAUCCUCUCCCAGAUCGGCGGCUUCGGCCGCUUCCAGAAGCUCCUGUACGUCUGGAUCUGUCUCCCUCAGGUGUUCCUGGCGUUCAACCAGCUGGCCUCCAUCUUCACCGGGGCCACACCGCCCCACAUCUGCCUCUCCGCCCCCCCGGCCUGGCGGGGGGGCCCCAACUCCACCAGCCUCCUCCUCCUCCUGCACCGCGGGGAGGCGCAGGCCUGCCCCGACCGGCGCAACGGCAGCAACCACAGCUGCCCUGGAGGCUGGCAGUACGACACCAGCGUGUUCAGCAGCACCGUGGUGACCGAGUGGGACCUGGUGUGUGACCGCGCCCGGACCAACAGCGUGCUCUCCUCCCUCUACAUGGCCGGUCUCCUGGUCGGGGCCAUGGGCUUCGGCUACCUGUCGGACAGGUACGGCAGGAAGCCGGUGAUGCUGAUGGGCCUGGCCUUCCAGGCCGCGUUCGGCGUGGGAGCGGCGCUGGCUCCGAACCUCUACGUCUACGCUCUGCUGCGCUUCCUGGUGGGAUCGGGGGUCUCCGCCACGCUCAUCAACGCCUUCGUCCUCGGCACCGAGUGGACCGGGCCCAAGCGCCGCAUGUUGGCCGGGCUCACGACGGACUUCUGCUUCGGCCUGGGCUACGUCCUGCUGGCACCCGCCGCCUACCUGCUGCGGGACUGGCGCCACCUGCAGCUCGCCAUCUCCGCCCCCUGCUUCCUGUUCGUCUUCUACCUCUGGGUCCUGCCCAGGUCGGCUCGCUGGCUGCUGGCCAACCAGAGGACGGAGGAGGCGGGCCUCCUGAUCCGCCGGGCCGCCCGGCUCAACAGGCAGCCCCUCCAGGAAGACCUCCUCACGCAGCAGCUGUUGGACACGGUGGAGCGGAGGAGGCACACCCUGUUGGACCUGGUGAGGACCCCCGCGAUGAGGAAACAGUCCCUCAUCGUGUUCUACCUAUGGUUUGUGACUAUCCUCAUCUACUACGGCAUGUCUUUCAACAUCUCUGACUUUGGGGACAACCUGUACCUGGGCCACCUGCUGUUCGGUCUGGUGGAGGUCCCGGCUCGCACCAUGGUCCUGUUCACCGUCAACCGCUCCAGGAGGCUGACCCAGGCCGGCUCGCUGGUGCUGGGGGGGCUGGCCUGCCUGGUCCUGGUCCUGGUCCCCCACAGUGAAGAGUUGACCCCUGUGCGGAUGGCUAUCGGCUUGGUGGUAAAGUUUGGGGCGACGGCGUCCUUCUCUGUGAUCUACAUCUACUCAGCUGAGAUCUUCCCCACAGUCAUAAGGCAGAAUGGUAUUGGGAUGGGGUCCACGUGGGGUAGGCUGGGGGGAGUCCUGGCUCCCGUGGUGCACCUCCUGAAGGACUACCAUGUGCACACUCCCAUGAUCCUCUUCGGUCUGAGCACUCUGAUUGGCUCUGGCCUCACCCUGCUGCUGCCCGAGACAGCCAAUAAGCCCCUGCUUGAAACCAUCGAAGAAGUGGAAGAGGGCCGCCGACCCAAGGCGGAUCCUGCCAUGCCCCGCCCCCUAAGCUGCUCAUCCGGCCUCUGAUGACGUCAUCCACACAGGGAGGACCUGAGUGGGAGCACCAGCCCCCCGUGUCGGGCCCACUUUAACGUCUGAACCAGGGGUACUAGCAGUAGCGUACCGUGGGGUUCAAGGCAGGGCCUUCAGUAACGAACCCCACCAACGGCCAACCCCCAAACACUCAUUUCAUAUUAGGUGCCGAUGCAGCCAACACAGCCACCAUAUGCACUACUGCAUGACAUCCACAACAAGACAGUUGGUCUUCAGCAACAACAACAGCGCUCACGCACUCCACCUUGCAUUACCGCAGAGCUAGAGUAAUGCAGCCUCAGCAUCAGAUCUGUCCUUAUGUCACUCCGCAACCAGACUGCACAUCACACACAUGACACAAGAACAAGUGUUCACAGUUAUUGUUAUUUUCACCGGAUGCUUUUGCAACUUCAACGGAUUCAGUUAAAGGUAUUAUCCAAUGGGAGGUGGCAGCUUCAGCCAAAGGCUAGCAAUACUUUUAGUGCUGGACCGCCGUUCCAUGUAACCUGGCUGUGAUGCGUUAGCUGAGCUCAGCCUUACAAAAAAAUAACCGUUUUCCUUCUGGAAUUAUGGUGUAAGUACUGGAAAAAUAUGGAAUUAAGAUGCGUUCAGACAUAUCAUUUUUAAAAAAAGAAUAUGGAUAAAUAAAUUUAGAUUUUGACCAGCAGAGGGCCCUGCUGGCCCUGACGGCCAACACUGUGUACUAGUUGUGCUACAGUUGUAUUGCAGUUCUGCUACAGCUGUAUUGUAGUUCUGCUACAGCUGUAUUGUAGUUCUGCUACAGCUGUAUUGUAGUUCUGCUACAGCUGUAUUGUAGUUGCGAACGCAGCAUUUUGAACGCAGCCCAAACAAGGACACGAAUAUGGACCAGUAUGUCUUUACUUUUUUUAUUCAACCUUUGGUGCUGAGGUAUUAAUUCAGCCCAGAUCAAUUAGUUUGAAGUGUAUUUCUCGAGCGUAUCUCGAGGUGUGCCUGGUGAGCCUCCUUCGGAUGCUGGUGUUCUCAGCCCGCUGGGGAACAGGGCCCCUGGCGGGCUGGCCCCCUGACCACGGGCCCCUGACCACGGGCCCCUGACCACGGACCCCUGACCACGGGCCCCUGACCACGGCCCCCUGACCACGGGCCCCUGGCCGGCCGGCCCC